UAUUAAGAAAAUAUUUGACAUGUGUGAUUGGAGUUAAACGGUGCAUUAUGUUACACGGAAUUUGGCUAAUAAUUUCUAACAAAGUCACGCCUGGCUCUUCUUCCUUUAAACGGUUUAGGUCGCUAGCUUCUUGUCCACAGUGCGCACUCGUGAGCCAUCACUGCGGUAGGGUUUGUUUUUGAGACUCUUAGUGGCAGCCUGUCAUAUAAGCAUUGUGUUGUCGCAAUAAAAUGGGAAAAUAUGUAACUAACGGGGGCAUUUUGUGCUCCACCUGAUAAAGCUAUUUAAACGCCAUGCGUGAGUAAGUUAUAGCCAAAAAGCGAACACGGAAGUAAAUACAAUUGCGUCUCUCGCUCUAGCUCCGUCUUCGUUUCUUUUUUUUUAUGAUGAACCCUAGUAUCAGCGUCGUGAAAUCCGAGGUCUCAGGUUUAGCCUUCAAUCAGACAAUGUAAUGCCGUGCAGACAGGGAUUAAGAGUGAUACAUGCAAUGAGUGACGAGUGAAGGAACUCUGAUCCACCAUGGGGAACAAGGCGUCAAAGAGUGGCAGCGGAGAAGAACCAGUCAAAACAACUUUAUUUGAAAGGGAGUUAAGCGGAAUAACAUACAGAAUUCCUGCUCUGAUCUACCUGAGGCAGAGUCACACCUUCCUUGCCUUUGCAGAGAAAAGAUCCUCGUUCCGUGACCAUGAUGCCAAAAUUCUCGUUAUGAGAAGAGGAACGCUAAAAGACGACGGAUCUGUUCAGUGGUCAUCCAGUCAGGAUCUCUCAACAGCAUGUCUGGCAGGCUAUCGCACAAUGAAUCCUUGCCCAGUGUAUGAAAAAAACAACAAAACACUGUUUUUGUUUUUCAUCUGCAUCUGGGGAACCACUACAGAGAAUAAUCAGAUCCUCACAGGUAAGAAUAAGACACGUCUUUGCUGUGUUAGCAGCAACGAUGAUGGGCAAACUUGGAGUCAAGCCACAGACUUAACAGAGAGCGUGAUUGGUGACACUUACCACAAGUGGGCCACAUUCGCUGUGGGUCCAGGCCACGGUGUUCAGCUAGAAAACGGCAGACUGAUCAUCCCUGCGUACGCCUAUUACAUCCCUUACAGAUGCUGCUCCUUCCCCAUUCCUUUUACUGUCCAUCCACACGCUCUGUCAGUGUAUAGUGAUGACUUUGGACAGACAUGGCAUGUAGGGAAGAUGCUUCAAAAGAAAUCAUGUGAAUGUGAAAUGGCAGAGAUCAUAGACCACGAGGGUAGGAGUCAUCUUUACUGCAAUGCUCGCAACUCUGGGGGCCACAGAUGUGAGGCCCUGAGUGAAAACAGUGGCGUCUACUUUGACAAACCACACAUUGCUAGGGAGCUGGUUGAACAAUGCUACGGCUGUCAAGGCAGCGUCAUUGGCUUUCCUGCCCCUGAAUUUGUCCCAAAUGAUGAUGCCGAGAGCAAAGCUUGUGGCACAUCUCUCCUGUCUCCAGACACACAAACCUGGCUCCUCUUCAUGCAUCCAACUAACAAGUCCAGCAGGAAGGACAUGGGCGUGUACUUGAACCGAUCUCCGCUUCACUCAUCAGGAUGGGACAGGCCCAAGAUCAUCCACAGAGGACCCAGCGGCUACUCUGACCUGGCCUACAACGGGGACAGGGAUCAGUUUUCGUGCCUGAUGGAGUGCGGGAAAGAGAGUGAACUUGAACAGAUUGCAUUCAUGUCCUUCUCCCUCAAUGAUGUCAUGCAGACGGGCAGUAAGAAAGACAAGAAAAUGCGCUGAGUCGUGUUAUAUUUCUGUAUUAACAAAGCUAUACACAUUCUCCCGCAACCUAAAAAAAAAGAUCCAAGCAAAAGCCACUAAAUAUGCUGUGCAGUAACAUCUGUCUGUGUCUGCUGUUGUUCUACAUUCUGGGGAUGAUAAUGCAUGCAUGAGUCGUGUGUGAUUUGUUGUCUCCUUGUUUACAUGAGGAAGUGAUUCAGCUCUUAAUAUUAUUAAUAUGCAACAAGCUACUCGGAAAGAGACUGUUUUUAAUAGGUUGGGUGGUUGGUGUUUAAGCAUGCCGUGCUGGACUGUCAUUUUUAAAAACAGGCUUUGUGUGUAGCAUGUUUUCAAAGUACUUCACGGCCAUUUCUACAUCUUAUUAAACUCUGUACGCCCUGAGCAGUGGAGAGAAUUUUCCUACCUCUUUUUAUUUUCAUACAAAGAUCAUAGCAGGCCUUGUAAAGUAGACUCCUCCAUGCUCAGCCUCUCCUUAACAUCUAGUGUACUAUGAUUCACAUAUGCCUUCUAUGCCUCUGUUUAAAGUGCACAGCCUUUUCUGUAGGUCAGCGGGUGCCAUGAAGUUGGCAACAAAACCAGAGAGGAAAUGUUUACUUUUUAAAUCCAGCUAAGCAGCAAAGAGACCCGCCGAACUGAACCUGUGUGUUUUAAUAAAAGCUGACGGUUUAAUUGAGAGAAAUACUUACUACAAGCUAACUUCUACUACUGUACUGUACAGAAAUGUUUCUUUAUAACAUUGAUUUUCAAAAGCAAUAUAUCACUACUGUUAUGUUUUAUUUUCAGCACAUUUAACAUCAUAUUUGUGAAAAGAUUUUUUCCCUCAAACAUUAUCAGUCAAGCUCACUGGGACCAGGUGUGACUGGCUUUGCUGUUGGUUAGCAAAUGAAAGCAUAAAAGAUAAGAAAAUACUUUGUUAACCCUCUGGGACUUUGCACAAAGAAUAAAAUAUUGUACUUCUGAGUGACUUUACACAUCCCUGUCCGCCCGUUGAUGUAAGGCAAAAGCCCUCAAGGUGUUUUUUUGCAUUAGUAUAACUGUUGUGGAAAGUGACGAGACAUGCAUGAAACAUGUAUUUUAGUAGAAAAUAAAAGCAACCUGUAAUCACCUGA